AUGUUUUCCGAUUCCACGUCAUCCUCGUUUUCAAAAUCCUUCAUAAAUAUUGGAUAUGAAGAGGAAAAUGAAGAAGAAACUCAUGAAGAGCACAAAUCAAUCAGGUAAAUACAAAAUUUAAAAUUUUUUCCGAGAGAAAAUAUAAGUUUUUUUCAGACGUCCAAUGCUCACAUCAACGCCACGUGUCAUCUGUCGAUUCACGGAAAAUUCGUGAGUUUUGAUGUUUUCUAUUGAAAAUAAAAAAUAUCUGAAAUCUGCAGGAACGUGGCAUUUUUUACACGCGAAGAAGAACCGAUGGUUGCUCAUUUUAGAGAUGAUUCGCUUCGAGAUGUUUCGGAAAAUAGUCAAGGAUAUCGAUAUUUUUAUCAGGUAAAUUUACAGACCGAGUAAAAUUGUGAUUUUUGAAAUGUUGACCUUGAAAAAUUUUCUACAAAAAUUAUGAUGUCUGUAGUUUAACCUUACACUUUUUCACAAAACUUGUGACAAAAGAUCAGUAAUCAAUCAAAAAAUAAAAUGGAAAGAUUAUUUCCGUUUUUUGAUGAAACAUUUUUAAAAGUUAUUUCCAACAAAAGAUAAUCGAUUAUUCUAGACAAUUUUGUUGAAAAAAAACCAGAAAUUGUCAUGGCCUGACAGUGAUUUUCUAGGCCAUCACCUUUCAUCUCGAUAUAUAUCCACUUAUCUAUUUAUAAAAAAUCAGGGGGUAUAAAUAAAUCAUAUCAAUUUGUCUCAAAAUUCGUUUCUUCUAAUCAAUGCGCAAAAAGUGAUACGAUCAGUCAUUUUGUGUAACUUUGCCAUUUUUGGCGCGCAAUACUGACUAAUUAGAGACGCAGAGACGGAAACACAAGAAAAAAAAGAGUAGAGAAUGAAUGGAAAUAUCUCAUUUCAUUUUGAUAUGAUUGUUAUUUAUCGACAUUUUUUAUUGCGAGAUUUUGGACAAGACUAGGCUAAAAAUUGGGGUGGGAGCUAGAGUUUAGGAUUUUUGGGAUUCUAGGCCUCCAGUGAAAUCUAGGUCGCGUGCUUUCUAGUUUCUUAAAAGAUAACAUAUAUUUUUCUAGGCCUCCGUAUUCUUCACCCCGAUAAAUGUAUUUCAGAUGACUUGGAAUUCCAAAACCUGACCUAGCUAGUUUAAUGUUUUCUGAAUUUCUAGGCCAGGAUUUUUGGGGGCCUAGAAAUUCAAAUUUUUUUCAAUAUUCUGCAAUUAAUUUUCCCAAUGUCCACAAAACGUCAUUGGAAUAAAAACCAAACAAAAAAUCAAAAAAUUCGUUAUUGUAUUAUAUUUUUCUUGCUUAUUCAAAAAAAAUUUAUAUAGCAAUUAUUCACUGGUUUUUCCCAUUCCAUUUCUUGAAAAAAUUCAAAAGUUUCCUAUUCGACCCAUAUUUUUUUGCAGGCCUCAUUCUUGCGUCAACGUCCGGGUCUAAAGGCGCACGUGCAACAAGCAUCGCGAAAAUUCAUCGAUCUUGUCAAUCGUAAAUUGGUCUCGACACGAUAUCCGAAGACACGUGGCAACAACAACAACGAAGAAGCUGAAGAUCAGGAACCACUUGAUAUUGAGAUUGCACGAGACGAUAACGAAUAUAUCAAUUUGUCGGAAAUCUUCACUGGUCCCACUGUCGCUCCACCACCAAAUCCACCCGGAGGAAAACUGCCCGAUAAAAAUUGUUUGUCUGCCAAAAAAUCUGGAAAUCGUAUCGAAAUGGGAUCGCUUCAUCGAUCCGAUCGAAUGCAUCAUUUUCAGAUGAUAUUUGCACGAGAAACUGCUUAUAAUUGUAUUGCGGAAAUUGGCAAAUUACCAAGUGUCCAAUUUAUUGAUGUGAGAAUUUUUUUAAACAAAAAUCAUUUUUUAAUUUUGAAAAAUAAUUUUCAGCUCAAUUCAAACAUUAGUUUGUAUGCUCGUGGAUAUGUUGAUCAUAUUAGAAGAUGUGAAGAAAUGGAGAGAAAAAUUCGUGAGUUUUUGUGAGGGUUUUUUUUGAACUGGUGGCCACAAUUAAAAUUUAUCCAGUUUUUAUUUCGAAAAAAUUAAUUUACAGUUUGGUUCAAAUUCUUAUAAUUUUAUUGAUUUUCUAUGUAAUAAUUAGGGUUGGUUCAACAUUUUUCAACAUAAUUAGAGGUCUGAAAUUAGGAUGAAAUUGAGAUUUACCAAAAAAAUGCAAAAUGAAUCAAGUUUUUAGAUAUUUUGUUGGGAAUUUUGAAAACAAUAGAUCAAGAUACUUAAAUAAUUUUUUCUUAGGAUACGUCGAAAUGGAAUUGAUAACAUGUCGUCCCGAAAUCGAUCCUCUACCAAUUGAUUUUCAAAAUCUGACCGCUCCAACAAUGUCCGAAAUCAAUUCAAUCGAUGCUCGACUUGAUUCGUUGGAACGAGACAUUGGUGAUUUGAAUUCGAAUGAUCAACAAUUGCGCAAAAAUUUGAAUUCGGCCAAAGAAUUUCAUCAAUGUAUGCAAAUGGUUGAAGAGUUCUUUCAAAUUCACAAAGACGAAGAAAAAGCGACAUUGAAGAAUUCGGCGACUGCUGAAGAUAGUUUGUUUUCGAAAAGUUUUAAUCGAACAAUGAGUGAGGCGGUGAGUCAAGAUUAGGAUUACUGUAGUUAAUUUAGAACAUUUGGUCUGCUGUUUUUCAAAAAUAUAUUUUGGACUGAAAAAAACCAGCAUUUUGAAUUUUGUUACGCAACAAAAAUCCGGAAGGAAUUUAUUCUCUGAUCUCCUCUUCAUCCAAAUUUUGGUUUCCAAACAGUUUUUUUCAGGCUCCAAAUUCUCCACUUCUUGGCCCUGGCGAAGAUAAUGCUUGGUUCAUUGCUGGUGUUUUGUUGUGGGACAAACGUGCAUCUUUCGAGCGAGUUUUGUGGCGAGCAAGUCGAAGAACUGCUUUUGUCAAGUGUAGUAAUGAAUCAUUUACAGUUGAAGAUCCUGAAACUGUGAGUUAUUUUUUUGAAGUUUUCGAAAAUUGAAUCCGAGAGAUGAUGUCAGAUCCGAUUGUAAAAAAAGAAUAAAUUCCAUUUGUUUUCAACCGAAAAUUUCAGCGUGAACCAGUUCAAAAAUGCGUGUUCAUUUCGUUUUUCAAAGGUGAUGCACUUGGUUUAAUUAUUGACAAAGCUUGUGAUGGAUUUGGUGCCACAAAAUAUCCAUGUCCAAAAACAUCGAAAGAUCGAAACAUGAAAAUGGCUGAAAUGGAAGGUCGAAUCAAUGAUCUCGGAAUUGUUAUUGAUACAACACAGAAACAUAGACACAGUGUACGUUUUUAUAUCUUUUUUUCUUUUUGUUUGAAAAUUGUUACGAGGAGAAUUCAGAUUCUUCAAGAGAUUGCACCCGUUUUACCUGAAAUGCUUCGCCACGUGUCAAUUCGCAAAGCUGUUUUUCACACGAUGAAUAUGUUUACAAAAAGUGCGAGUUCGGAUAAAUUGGAGAAAAAUUCGUCAAACGGAAAUUCAGAUAUGUUUUUGUUUGGAGAAUGUUGGAUUCCGGAUACGGAGUUGGAAAAUGUGAAAGCAGCUAUGAAAAAAUCAUUUGUGAGUUGUUAUAUUUUGAGGGUUAAAAAGAAGCUGGCAAAUGUUUUCAUGAGUUAGGUUACUGUAGGUUUUACGAGUUUAGAAAGACAUUUUUAUUAUCAAUCAAAUAUUUUUAAAUAUAAUAAUUUGAAGUUACAGUAAUCUUAUCAAAGUUUUUAGUAGUAUUUAUCAAAAACAUUUUUAGAAACCACAAUAUGUUUUUUUUUUCAAAAAAAUUUCAUGCCAAAAUAAUGAUAAUUUUUCAAUAUCUCAAGCCCUAAAAAAUCGAUAAUUUUGUUUUUCAGUCAAUAAAUGGAAGUCAAAUUGAGCCGGUUCUUCGUGAAAUUGAAUCCAAUGCAAUUCCUCCGACUUAUCAUCGAACCAACAAAUUUACUAAAGUUUUUCAAAGUAUUGUUGAUUCUUAUGGAGUUUCACAAUAUCGUGAAGUUAAUCCAGGUAUUUUUCUCCUUUUUUAUUUGUUUAUUCAGAAAUUAUCUGAUCUUAUUUCAGCUCCUUAUAUUAUUAUAACUUUUCCAUUUCUUUUUGCAAUUAUGUUUGGCGAUGCGGCUCAUGGAUUUAUUCUACUUUUAGCUGCUUGUUUUUUCAUUUUCAAUGAGACGAAAAUUUAUAAGAAGAAGAUUCGAGAUGAGGUAAAAUAAUCAGAAUUCGAAUUUUUAGAAAACAAUUUCUCCACAGAUUUUCAACACAUUUUUUGGUGGUCGCUAUAUUAUGAUGUUAAUGGGUAUAUUUUCGAUUUACACUGGAUUUCUUUACAAUGAUGCUUUUGCAAAAUCGUUCAAUAUAUUUGGAAGUAGCUGGAAAAAUAGUUUGAAUUUGACGCAACUUGAUAAAAUGAUUGAAAUUUCACAAAAAACCGAUAAAGCGAUUUUGGGUGAUUUGGUACCAGAAUUGGCGUAUGAUCGAGAAAAUGGGCCAUAUCCAUUUGGUGUUGAUCCAAUUUGGAAUAUUGCCGAAAAUCGAUUAGUAUUUUUGAAUUCGAUGAAAAUGAAAGCGUCGGUGAUUAUUGGAAUUACACAAAUGACUUUUGGAGUUUUUUUGUCGGCGUUGAAUCAUAUGUGAGUUUUUAAAGGUGUUUUUGUAGUCCGAUUCUUAUCAGAAAAGAUUCAAAAUUUCCCAAUUUCUCUUCCAAAAUCAUUUUCUGAGACAUCUUUCAAAAUAAAAUUUAAAUCCUAAAAAAAAUUUGAAAUUUCUUCGAUGAAAUGUACCUAUUUUAAUAUCCUCUCACUAUUUUUUUCCAAAACAUUAUUUUUUCAGUCAUUUCCGUUCAAAUAUCGAUAUUCUCACAAAUUUCAUUCCUCAACUCAUAUUUCUUUCUUCAAUCUUCAUAUAUUUAUGCGUUCAAAUUGUCAUCAAAUGGAUAUAUUUCUCUGUAAAUCCUGAAAAUAUUUUUGGCUAUGAAUAUCCGGGUUCAAAUUGUGCCCCAUCACUUCUGAUUGGACUAAUUAAUAUGUUUAUGUUCAAAUCGAGAAAAGAGGGAUAUACUGAAACAAAUAGUACAACUCCAGUUCAUAAUUGCCAUUUAACAUAUUGGUAUCCGAAUCAAAAAGAAAUUGAAAUAGGAUUAUUGGGAACUGCAUUGAUUUGUAUACCAAUUAUGUUGUUUGGAAAACCGAUUUGGGCAUAUUUGAAGAGUUCGAAUUCGAAGAAAAAACAGAAAAAGAUCAAUGGAGAAGAUAUUGAAUUGUUGAGCCAACACGAUGAUUUGAAUUUGGAUGAAGCUGUCGCGCAUUCGAUGUCUGAUAUUUUUGUGCAUCAAGCGAUUCAUACAAUUGAAUUUGUUUUGGGAUGUGUUUCACAUACAGCUUCAUAUUUGAGAUUGUGGGCAUUGUCAUUGGCACAUGCACGUGAGUUUUUUUUUGAGGAAUGGAAAUUUGUAGUUUGGUUUGAGGAUCCACGUAGCAAAGAUUUGAAAUCGUUCACAAUUUUUGUUGAUGUGAGAAAAUAUUUUGAAUUUAUUCGAAUCGAUCCUAGAAAGACAUUCGAAACAAAACUAUUGAAAAAAUUAAAACCAGCGUUAAAUUUUCAAAAUUUAAUAAUAAAAAUUUGGAAAAGUUUUCGAUGUUCUAGUGUUCAACUAUUGCGUUGUUUUUUUUCAGAACUCUCCGAAGUUAUGUGGCACAUGGUUCUAAUCAAUGGUUUAGCAUUAGCUGAUCAGGUUCCAGUAUAUCUUGCACCAAUUGUCACAGCUACAGUAAGACUUCAGUACUCCCUAAACUAUCAAAAUGUAUUUUUUCUUGCAGAGUUUCUUUAUUUUCGCUGUUUUAUCAAUGUCAAUUCUGAUAAUGAUGGAAGGACUUUCGGCAUUUUUACAUGCACUUCGUCUUCAUUGGGUUGAAUUUCAGUCGAAAUUUUAUGUUGGAACUGGACACAAAUUUCACGCAUUUCAUUUGUUGCAAUGUUUGGAAACGGCUAAACUUAUCACCGAUGUAAGUAUUUUUCUAAUACAUAUUUCUUGAAAAUCUUUCGAGUUUCAAAUUUCAGGAAGCUGAUCGAAAAGUUGAUGUCAUUCGAGGUGUCAAAUAA